CGAAGAAGCCGACUGUGCAAGUGUUCUUUCCGCCGUUUAUCUCUGUGGCGCCGCGCAUAUCACUGUUCUCGACGCUGGACUUUUCUAUUGCUAUCACAUACUACAGCCGGAAAAAGAUUGACCGCAAAAAGUCAAAGGGCAAGAGGGCGAAGGAGCCCAAGGCGCCACAGAGGACCACCAACGAGGAUAUGGAGGAUGAUGGUGACUCCAAGGAAGGCAGCGUGCGGGUGGUCGUUAUCAAGUUUCCCAGCCCGCAGAUUGCGUGUGCCUGGUACCGCGAGAUUGGCCGGCUGCUGAUGAUCGGUCGCGAACUGUUCCCCUAUAGCUUCCUGGGCCCAGUAUCGUUGGCAGCGCAGCCGGCGCCUGACUCGGUCAUGGUAAAUAUCCCUGAACUCGGAAUCAAAGUGCAGGUCAAGCUCGGGCGUCACAACUCGGAGCUGUCUCGGUCGCUGACAGCCGACAUUGACGACAACGCGCUGAAGCGGCAGUGGCGGUGCGAGACGACGACUGUGUGGCAUGUGCGGCGAGACGUGGUCAAUGCACUGCUCAACGAUCCGGUCGUUGGGCUGCGGAUACGCGAGUGGAUUAAUGCAGAGAACAUGGGCUUACUGACAAUUGGCAUGGCGUGGCGGCGGUUUGACCGGCUUGAGUGGGUGAUGCCAAGUACCGGCGCAAUUGGCCAGGCCGAUUCGCUGGCCAGCACCGCUAAUGAGAUGGUUGUUGGCCCGCAGAUGCUCGAGGAUACACACACCUUGGAGAUGCGUAUCCUCGAGCAUUAUCCAGACUCCGUCGAUGUCGAUGAGACGCGGGUUGCCGAGCCACUGGCAGUCGAGGGAUUUGUGAUGCUCAAGCGUGAUAAGCAGCGGCGAACCGAAAUGGUGGUGUACCGCCCGACAUUGAUGACAUCACACAGCAGCUUUCUGUUCUUUAUCCAUGCACCGCGUGCAUCGCGGUACCUGGACGUGUCGCUCAAUGCCUGUGAUGACCCUGUGCAAGCAGUGGACGACGAGGAGAACAUUGGUCUGACAACAAUUCCGACAAAGUCGUUCAUGUCGGCGCAGUCCAAUGUCAGCGAGGGCGAGCCAGUUGUCCGGCACUACCACCCUGACAUGCGGUCGUGCCCAAAGCAGAUCAGUCUGGCCAAGUACAUGAUUGAUAUCAUAGAUGUCGAACAUAUUAUACCGUAUAACCAGGAGGACGAUGUGGACGACACCGACAAUACCGGCGGCUCCCGUCAAGGCUCCGAGGCACCAAGCCGGCACUCUUUGGACAGCCGGAUGCGAUGCAAGUUUGGCGACAAGCAGAAGAGCAAGAAGCUUGGGUUUCUGCGAUCUAAGCGAGCCCGCCAGGCAGCGUGCAAAUUCAAGAUUGUGACCCGGGCGGGCGCCUCAGUAGUGCUGUGGACAGCCAGCGAGGAAUGCAUGCACGAGUGGGUCAAGCGGCUGACUGAUCUGCGCGACUACUGGCUACACCGGCGGCUUGCCGAUGCAUUGGUGCGCAGCCAGGUGUGCACGCUCAACUACGCGCUACAGGGCCGCCGGAGCCGCGAGAAAGACAUGCCGGACUGGAACGACGAGCAGGCGUGGGCUGAUCGCGCUGUGUGGCAUGCAUGUCUUGCUCUGGGGUGCCGCGACGUCAUCAUGGCAGGUGUAUUGUACAGGAAACGACACCGGCACCAAGGCAUGCGCAAGGUGUUUUGUAUUCUGACACGCGGCCGUCUGAUCGAAUAUGACUUCCCAAAGGCAUACACCAUCGGGGCUCAGUCGCUGUUUUCGGACCGGAUGAAGAGCGAGAACCCCAACCAGGUCGACUUGUACAAAGACACGCUGCCGACCACGAAGAUACUGGCAGAAGACGCCGACGAGCCAUCCGAAGACGAUUUUCAGAUACGCAGCUCGAAGGGGCGCCUGCUGUUUGCCAAGUCGCGCUCUCUGUCGCUGCGCCGGUGCUACGUGCUGAGUCGUUUCGUGGACGAUCUAUCUACGGAUGACAUUAUGUGCGAGCCGUGGGUGAUGACCGACAUCGGCAACCACAAUGGGCUGCGGCUAGCGGACCGGAUCUUUGUCGAUGGGGUCGUGUCGCAUGAGCUAGUGCAGGAUUGUAUCUUCACCUUGUGGCGGCCAAUCUAUAUCCCACGGAUCCUGCGCUCCAGCAACAAGAACGCUAUGGCUGUCCCCGAGGUGUUGCUGAGCACGGAGAGCGAGAUGUCGUCUGAUGACGAGCUGCAUCAGAUGCUGCAGCCGUCAUCAUCAUCGAGCAGUCCAACACACCAGAGCCGGAGAUCUGCAGAUGCCAUGCUGUCAUCGCCAAACAGUGCCCCGCGGAAACCAUCAAGGAUGUCGAGCGAGACCUCGCGCAAAUCGGGAGAAACGUCGCGCAAAUCAAGCGAGGCCUCGCGCAAGUCGGCUGAUUCGGCGCGCAAAUCUAGCAAGCCUGUCGACACCACCAAGCCUGGUGCGUAUCGGGUAGGCGAUAGCAUCAAGGUCAAUGUCGAUGACAGGCAUGACGGGAUUAAACGCAUGGGUGCAAUUGGCAUGGUGUCGAGCAUGCGCCGCCGCAUUGGGGUGUAUAAGGCGCGCACGAGUGCGGAGAUGGAGCAGUGGGUCACGGCCAUCAACCAAGAGAUUGGGCGGCUUAUUGCUGAUGACGAGUGACGAAUGUCGCGAGUUUCCGGGCAGCUACGUGCUCUACCCCAAGGACGGAGCCCUGGCCGGCUACGAUGAAAUGGCACUCGUGAUCCUGAACCAGCCGAUCCCACACAGCGACACGCCCCUGUUCCCGGCACUGUGGCAGCGCGCAACCUACAAGCUAUGUGUGGACGGUGGCGGCAACCAGCUGUACAGCUUUGGCAAGCGCACAGGGACACUGGACAAGUAUAUUCCGGAUGUAGUUGUUGGCGACCUGGAUUCGCUGGAAGCAGGGCCGCGGGCGUUUUAUUCCAGCAAAGGAUCCGUGAUCCAGCACUACAGUGACCAGGACUCGACCGACUUCAUGAAGAGCCUAAAGUACCUCGACACCGGACUACGGGCUGGCCAGGAUCCAAAGAAAUGCGUGGUUGUGGUGUUUGGCGGUAUCA